GUUCCUGGAUGUUCGCGCGCGCCUCUGUUUCCGGUGCAGUGUGUAAGAUCACUAAAGAUGCAUCACUGCUCAGAUUGUGGGAAGAGUUUUACUCAAAGUGGUAAUCUCAGAAAUCACCAGCGUAUCCAUACAGGAGAGAAGCCGUAUGUCUGCUUACAGUGUGGGAUGAGUUUUACUUGGCAGAGGUGUCUCCAGCGACACAAGCACAUCCACACAGGAGAGAGACCGUACUACUGUGGACAGUGUGGGAAGAGUUUUACUCGUCGGAGUCAUCUCCAUGAGCACGAGCGCAUCCACACAGGAGAGAAGCCGUAUCAGUGCUCACAGUGUGGGAAGAGUUUUACUCGUCAGAAUCAUCUCCAUCGGCACAAGCGCGUCCAUACAGGAGAAAAGCCGUAUUACUGCUCACACUGUGGGAAGAGUUUUAGUUGUCCGAGUCAUUUCCAAGAGCAUGAGCGCAUCCACACAGGAGAGAAGCCGUAUUACUGCUCACGGUGUGGGAAGAGUUUUACUUGGCAGAGGAGUCUUCGACGGCAUGAGCGCAUGCACACAGGAGAGAAACCGUACUACUGUGGACAGUGUGGGAAGAGUUUUACUUGUCAGAGUCAUCUCCAUCGGCACGAGCGCAUCCAUACACGAGAGAAGCCAUAUGUCUGCUCACAGUGUGGGAAAGGUUUUACUCGUCAGAAUCAUCUCCAUCGGCACGAGCGUAUCCAUACAGGAGAGAAGCCGUAUCACUGCUCACAGUGUGGGAAGAGUUUUACUCGUCACAGUCAUUUCCAACAGCACGAGUAUAUCCACACUGGAGAGAAGCCGUGUGUCUGCUCACAGUGUGGGAAGAGUUUUAUUUGGCAGAGGAGUCUCCAACGACAUCAGCACAGCCACACAGGUGGAGGAUCUACCUCGAAGAACAAGAAGGGAAACAACAGCAGCAGUAACAGCAGCACGCUAAAGAUGCAUCACUGCUCAGAUUGUGGGAAGAGUUUUACUCAAAGUCGUAAUCUCAGAAAUCACCUGCGUAUCCAUACAGGAGAGAAGCCGUAUGUCUGCUUACAGUGUGGGAUGAGUUUUACUUGGCAGAGGUGUCUCCAGCGGCACAAGCACAUCCACACAGGAGAGAGACCGUACUGCUGUGGACAGUGUGGGAAGAGUUUUACUCGUCGGAGUCAUCUCCAUGAGCACGAGCGCAUCCACACAGGAGAGAAGCCGUAUCAGUGCUCACAGUGUGGGAAGAGUUUUACUCGUCAGCAUCAUCUCCAUCGGCACAAGCGCAUCCACACAGGAGAAAAGCCGUAUUACUGCUCACACUGUGGGAAGAGUUUUAGUUGUCCGAGUCAUUUCCAACAGCAUGAGCGCAUCCACACAGGAGAGAAGCCGUAUUACUGCUCACGGUGUGAGAAGAGUUUUACUCGUCAGCAUCAUCUCCAUCGGCACAAGUGUAUCCAUACAGGAGAGAAGCCGUGUGUCUGCUCACAGUGUGGGAAAGGUUUUACUUGUCAGUAUCAUCUCCAUCAGCAUGAGCGUAUCCAUACAGGAGAGAAGCCGUAUCACUGCUCACAGUGUGGGAAGAGUUUUAUUUGGCAGAGGAGUCUCCAACGACAUCAGCACAGCCACACAGGCACCUUUGCCAAAGCAAGACGUUACCUGACCCAAUCGCUUGAGGAAGGCUGCCUUACAGCAGACCUGCAAUCGGAUGAUGAGAGCCAGGAACAAUAUCACAGCACAGAGAGCCACCACAAGCUUGCCGCUGUGACUACCUGUCUGGCUUCCCGCCCCUCACACCGUUACCACGAUACACUGGGGAACCCGGGAACCCACCCAGAGCAUCACUCGACUCCGAUAUCGACGAGAUGGCUGCAUUCUUUGCCGCUGCUGAGGGAAAGUGUAAAGAUGUACCACUGCUCAGAGAGUGGGAAGAGUUUUCCUAAAAGUGAUCAUCUCAAAAAUCACCAGAGCAUCCACAAAGGAGAGAAGUGGUAUAUCUGCUCACAGUGUGGGAAGAGUUUUACUCGUCAGAGGAGUCUCCAACUACAUAAGCGCAUCCACACAGGAGAGAAGCCGUAUGUCUGCUCACAGUGUGGGAAGAGUUUUACUCAGCAGAGUCAUCUCCAACAACACGAGCGCAUUCACAAUGGAGAGAAGCCGUAUAUCUGCUCACAGUGUGGGAAGAGUUUUACUCAGCAGAGUCAUCUCCAACAACACGAGCGCAUUCACAGCGGAGAGAAGCCGUAUAUCUGCUCACAGUGUGGGAAGAGUUUUACUCGUCAGAGGAGUCUCCAACUACAUAAGUGCAUCCACACAGGAGAGAAGCCAUAUGUCUGCUCACAGUGUGGGAAGAGUUUUACUCGUCAGAGGAGUCUCCAACUACAUAAGUGCAUCCACACAGGAGAGAAGCCAUAUGUCUGCUCACAGUGUGGGAAGAGUUUUACUUAUCAGAACGGUCUCCAACGGCACAUUCACAUUCACACAGGAGAGAAGCCGUAUGUCUGCUCACAGUGUGGGAAGAGUUUUAUUUGUCAAAGGAGUCUCCAGCAACAUGAGCACAUUCACACAGGAGAGAAGCCGUAUGUCUGCUUACAGUGUAGGAAGAGUUUCACUUGUCAGAGUAGUCUGCAACGGCACAAACGCAUUCACACAGGAGAGAAGCCAUAUGACUGCUCACAGUGUGGGAAGAGUUUUACUUUUCUGAGUAACCUUCAACAGCACAAGCGAAUCCACACAGGCGAAAGGCCGUAUUACUGCUCACAGUGUGAGAAAAGUUUUACUUGUCAGAGUACUUUCCAACAACAUCAGCGCGUUCACACAGGAGAGAAGCCGUUUCAAUGUGGCCAGUGUGGGAAGAGUUUUACUCGUCAGAGUACUCUCCAAAUACACCAGCGUGUCCACACAGGAGAAAAGCCAUUUCACUGCGAACAAUAUUGUGGGAAGAGUUUUACUCAAAGUGGUAAUCUCAGAAAUCACCAGCGUAUCCAUACAGGAGAGAAGCCGUAUGUCUGCUUACAGUGUGGGAUGAGUUUUACUUGGCAGAGGUGUCUCCAGCGGCACAAGCACAUCCACGCAGGAGAGAGACCGUACUACUGUGGACAGUGUGGGAAGAGUUUUACUCGUCUGAGUCAUCUCCAUGAGCACGAGCGCAUCCACACAGGAGAGAAGCCGUAUCAGUGCUCACAGUGUGGGAAGAGUUUUACUCGUCAGAAUCAUCUCCAUCGGCACAAGCGCAUCCAUACAGGAGAAAAGCCGUAUUACUGCUCACACUGUGGGAAGAGUUUUACUCGUCUGAGUCAUCUCCAUGAGCACGAGCGCAUCCACACAGGAGAGAAGCCGUAUCAGUGCUCACAGUGUGGGAAGAGUUUUACUCGUCAGCAUCAUCUCCAUCGGCACAAGCGCAUCCAUACAGGAGAAAAGCCGUAUUACUGCUCACACUGUGGGAAGAGUUUUAGUUGUCAGAGUCAUUUCCAACAGCAUGAGCGCAUCCACACGGGAGAGAAGCCGUAUUACUGCUCACAGUGUGGGAAGAGUUUUACUCGUCAGCAUCAUCUCCAUCGGCACAAGUGUAUCCAUACAGGAGAGAAGCCGUAUCACUGCUCACAGUGUGGGAAGAGUUUUAUUUGGCAGAGGAGUCUCCAACGACAUCAGCACAGCCACACAGGUGGAGGAUCUUAACCAGCCCUGUUGGCCCACGUGCCAUCACCGAUGAACCAACACAAAGCAGAUACAGUCCUACUCUGUCACAACACCCAGUCCUUGUUAUCCAAGCUUUAUGCAAGCUGUCACAAACAAGUCAUUUAUAGCCUGGGAAAAGAAUGCCUAGCGUCACGUAGAUUAGGGGGAAGCUGACUCCAUGGUGCCUUGUCACAGCAGGGAAUUCUUGAGAACCCUGCGUAACUUCACACUCAUUCCAGACCAGACUUUUUGACCAAAGACAGAAUUUUCAAGCAUCAGUAAGACAGGUUUAGUAUUUUAGGGACUUUUUUUUUUCCUCUGACUAAUGUUUUGUAUUCCCAAAUGAAUCCUGAAUCACACUAUAUGGCUCUUCCUUAAAAGAUUGCUGUGAAUGUUAUAUGAACAAUGUGCUACUUACACACACGGAUCCAAAGAAAUGUACUCUAAAGAAACAUACUGUUACUUGAACCGAAGUGUGUGUUUUUUUUUUUUUUUUCUUUAAAAUCUGUGUGUUUGUCUAAAAGUUUUAUAACAGUCUUCUUAUCCAUGUUAAUGCUGCUCAUGUUUAUUAAGCUAAUAAAUAUACUUGUACAAAUAA